AUGGCGCACCUGUCGGACCUUCCAGAUGAACUGCUUCUCCGAAUCGUCGACAAGCUAGGUACGGCGGAUCUCAAAGCUCUAACUCACGUAACGCACUUCCAUGGCAUUGCGCAAGAAGGUCUUUAUCGCCAUAUUCGCUUGUCAAACGGAUUUCAAAGCAUCCCCCUGCUGCUUAGGACACUUGUACAUCACCCCAACCUGGCACGCUGUGUCCGCAGCCUCGAGGCGCCCAAUAUCGCAAACUGGGAUUUUGUACCUGCAGAUCGAAUCAUUAAUAUCAAGAUGAUUGAAAGCCUUCUCACACCAUACCGUACCUGGUACCCAGCGUGUACAGGACUCUUACUCUUCCUUCUACCACGCCUCGAACACUUCAACCUCCCUACAAAGUUGAAUAUAGGUGCUUCCUUUGGGAGUUUGUACUGUCGACCGUGGGACAUCCCAAGCAUCAAGAUGGUCUCAGUUCCUGCUCUGCAGUCUCUAGUGAGCUUGAGCAUCCCCAGCGAAGAUUUCGGCGAAGAAUUGAGCGAGCUUCCAAAACUUCGCAUCCUCGAGUUGGACUGCAUUCGAUAUUCAUACAAGCGGUAUUCUUUCCCAAUUUGGAAAACAAAGCUCGUUCUGGAACGCCUUACACUGAGAUGUACUCCUGAGAUCUUCUUUACUUGCGGACUCACACAUCAAUUCUCAGAAUCUUCGAGGAUCAUCAGAUGCUUCCAGAGUUUCAAGGAGUUCAGGAUUCUGUUCACUGGCCCCGAUAGCGCAACAUGGGAUAUGUUCAUGCCCAGACGUUCGGGAACCCUGGCCUACGUUAUGCAGAACUUACAACCCUUAUCGUCUUCUCUGGAAUUCCUCAACAUCAUGCCCGUGGACAACAAACGUCAUGUGGUGCUGGACGCUCUCACCCCAUCGAGUCCUUUAAACCAGUUUACGAGCUUGAAAUACCUUUCUCUACCCCAUGACGCGAUAAUCGACGUCACGGAACAGGUUCACAUCCACCCUCUCGACCUUCUCCCUCCACGCCUUGAGAAACUGACUAUCUACAACCCUGAUCCAUACAUCAUUGAAUGGCUUGAUGGCAUCCUAAAGGACCGCAAUAGACUGCCGAAACUGCGAGAAAUCAUAUUCGACUUUCGGUUUGAUCCUCCUCGCAUCAUCAGAGCCUUCGACGUGUUCAGCAAGCAGCUAUUUGACGGUUUACAUGAUGUCGGGAUCAAUCUACGCUAUCGGAGUGUUGAAUCUGAAGAAACAAGGGACAUGGGCUGUGACAAGCUCGAUUACGAAGAAUAUACAAACGACGAAGAGUUCGAGGGAAUGGCAGAAACUAGCGGAUUCGAGGGAACACAGGAUGACGAAUAAAACCACCAUGGCUCAACGAAGAACAUUGACCGGUGGUAGUCGAACAUGAGAUGUCGAGACUCGGGUAGACUGCGGUUGCGGAUGGUCCCGUACUAUGCACGGAGGUGGAAAAUAUGUCCAACACAGUGGACUACGAUUCAUAAUACCACGGUCGUUGAUGGCUUGCAUGUGCC